AUGGCACCUCAAACAUCUCUGUUCCAGGUCUACCUGCGUCUGAGACCGCCGAUUCAAUCAUCAACACCCAAGGACAAGGUCGAAUCAUGGUUGAUCGUUGAGCCUUCAUCCUCUCAUGCCUUGGAAUCUGAGACUACCACUCAGUCACAUUCAACCCACAUUACUCUCCAGCCACCCAAUGACUCUAGAAAACGAGCGAUUGAACGAUUCGGGUUUACCAAGAUUUUCCAAGAGAAUGCCACCCAGCUGGACAUAUUCAAUGAGACAGGGACUGCAGAUACCAUCAAGACUGUUCUACAGACUGGAAGAGAUGGGUUGGUGGCAACACUUGGCGUCACAGGAAGUGGGAAGAGUCACACUAUCUUGGGAUCCAAAUCACAACGAGGUAUCACUCAAAUGACCCUGGAUAUCUUAUUCAGGUCGAUUGGACAAAAUAUUCGAAGACCCGACCAUCCAGAUCUUCCAACUGAUAGUGGACUACUUGCAUCCCUGCAAGCAUCCGAUCCGGCUGAAGCCCAAAUAUCGUCGGCAAUUACAUUUUUGGAAGCGAUAUAUGGAGAUGGUGACAGAGCCAGAUUAUCACGAGCCCAGACUCCCAUGUCCAGAGCCCAAACCCCCAUGAUGGUAGGCAAUUCUUCCGUCGAGCUUCCCGGCUGUUUCCCGUCAUCUCCCUCAGCCAGUGUAGUUUCUCUAAGACCCUCUGAUCUUCAUCUUGUGGAUGAACAUUUCAAAGGUACCCCACCUACGUUAAGGACAUUGGCUAUGGCUCCCGAGGUUGAACUCAAUGCUCAGAAAGAAAUAUGGCACCCCCCACCUAAAGUUCCCCUGUUAUCGCGUUUGAGAAGUUUGAGGAGAUCCCCUGCUAAAACCCCGUCUGUGAAGGAAUCGGCUCUUUAUCAUUCUCGGAGACCUCAACUUCCACGGCCAAGUACUUUACCGCAACAGCCCGAUGUAUCAUCAUUGACCGUGGACAUCGACCCAAGAACAGAAUAUGUGGUCCUCGUCUCAAUGUACGAAGUGUAUAACGACCGAAUAUUUGAUUUGUUGUCGAAUCCAUCGUCGGCCAAUGCCCCGGCAAUGUCGACAAGACAAGGAGCAGCGCUUCAGAAAGGACUGCUUAGGCGACCACUACUGUUCAAGAAUACCGAGAUGUCGCACGAUCGGAAAGUGGUGGCCGGACUACGAAAAAUCGUUUGUGGUAGCUAUGACGAAGCCAUGAUGGUACUUGAAACAGGCCUCAUGGAACGACGAGUGGCAGGGACUGGCAGCAACAGUGUCAGUUCUCGAAGUCACGGAUUUUUCUGCAUUGAGGUCAAGAAGAAGGUGGGAACACGUGGUUAUGGUUAUGGAAUGCCCACAUGGACUGGUGGAACGAUGUCAAUUGUUGAUUUGGCAGGGUCCGAGCGGGCGAGAAAUGCCAAAACAACAGGCUCCACACUUGCUGAAGCUGGUAAGAUCAACGAGAGUCUAAUGUAUCUCGGUCAGUGUCUACAAGUGCAGAGUGAUUGUCAACAAGAAGGCAGCAAACCCAUUGUGCCUUUCCGGCAGUGUAAGUUGACCGAGUUGUUGUUUUCCAACUCAUUUCCGUCAUCAAAUCACAGCGGCACGGCCAGACAGGCGCAGAAAGCGGUGAUGAUUGUGACAGCGGAUCCUCAAGGUGAUUUUAACGCGACCAGCCAAAUUCUACGAUAUUCGGCAUUGGCGCGUGAAGUUACAGUGCCUCGGAUUCCGAGUGUUACAAGUGCAAUCUUGGGUACUGGCACUCAAAGCAGACCAGCAACCGGCUUACACAAUGGACGCCAAACGCCACAAGACAGCUACUUCAACCAGCAAGAACUGGAGCAAGCGACGAAUGAAGUGGCACGGCUGGCUGAAGAAUGUGAUGCCCUUGUAAUUCGACUAGCCGAAGAAGAGAUCAAACGAACCGAAGCCGAACUAAAGUUGCAAGCUGCUGAAGAGAAGCUUGAAGUCAUGGAACAAGAAGUUCGAGACGAAUGUUGGACCGAGAUGGAAGAACAAAUGGAUGAAGAAAAGGAACGAUGGCGACUUGCAUGGGAGCAAGAAAAGCUCCGAAAUGAAGAAUUCUUGGAUGAGAAACUGGACAUUCUCCACAAGACAACUCAACUGACGAUCCAUGAAGACCAACCGACAAAUGCCGUGGUUGAGGGUCUGGAGAGAGAGAAUGAGACACUUCGGGCGAGAUUGCGAGCAUUGGAGCAAGAAAUGCAAACUCGAAGUCCGACGAAAAAGUCACGAACAACCAAUAAAUCACCGGUGAAAGGAUUAGUGUUGCAGGAGGGAUCGAAUGUUAAUAUCGCGACGAACCCGUUCCUGGCGUCCCUUCGAGCUCGAGACAGUGAGGCCACGAUCAAAGCGAAGGCCAGUCAAGAGAGUCUGAAUGUGUGUGAUGUUUCACCACGAAAACUGUCCUUGAGGAGUUCCAGCGUAACGCGAGAAGAAGAGGUGACGACGACGGUCAAGAAGCAGAGGAAGUUGACGACGCGAAAGUGGGAUUUGGGAAGUCCAGAUGAUUUUUAA